CAGCCCGCGGAGGCCGGCGCUCGGCCGCUUCUCAUUCAUUGUCUUGACAGAGCAUCCUCCGCGGGCCGGCCUCCAGCGCCUUCCUCUCCUCUCCUUCCUCCUCCGCUUGGGGGGUCACGCUAAUCUCCGGGCAGCAGGAUGAGCCUGCGGCAGGUGGUCCGUUCCAGCAAGUUCCGCCAUGUGUUUGGACAGCCAGCCAAGGCCGACCAGUGCUAUGAGGAUGUACGCGUCUCACAGACCACCUGGGAUAGUGGCUUCUGUGCUGUCAACCCAAAGUUUGUGGCCCUGAUCUGUGAGGCCAGUGGGGGAGGGGCCUUCCUGGUGCUGCCCCUAUGCAAGACUGGAAGAGUGGACAAGAACGUGCCCCUGGUGUGUGGCCACACUGCUCCUGUGCUGGACAUUGCCUGGUGCCCGCACAAUGACAAUGUCAUUGCUAGUGGCUCUGAGGACUGUACAGUCAUGGUGUGGGAGAUUCCUGAUGGAGGUCUGACGCUGCCUUUGCGGGAGCCCGUCGUCACCCUGGAGGGCCAUACCAAGCGGGUGGGCAUCGUGGCCUGGCACCCCACAGCCCAGAAUGUGCUGCUCAGUGCAGGUUGUGACAACGUCAUCCUGGUGUGGGAUGUGGGCACGGGAGUGGCUGUGUUGACUCUGGGCCCAGAUGUGCACCCGGACACGAUCUACAGUGUGGACUGGCGCCGCGAUGGUGCGCUCAUCUGCACCUCCUGCCGCGACAAGCGUGUGCGCGUCAUCGAGCCUCGCAAAGGCACCAUUGUGGCUGAGAAGGACCGACCCCAUGAGGGGACCCGGCCAGUGCAUGCUGUGUUUGUAUCUGAAGGAAAGAUCCUGACCACGGGCUUCAGCCGCAUGAGUGAGCGACAGGUGGCGCUGUGGGACACAAAGCACCUGGAGGAGCCACUGUCCCUGCAGGAGCUGGACACGAGCAGUGGAGUCCUGCUGCCUUUCUUUGAUCCUGACACCAACAUCGUCUACCUCUGUGGCAAGGGUGACAGCUCCAUUCGGUACUUUGAGAUCACCUCAGAGGCUCCAUUUCUGCACUAUCUCUCCAUGUUCAGUUCGAAGGAGUCACAGCGUGGCAUGGGCUAUAUGCCCAAACGUGGCCUGGAGGUGAACAAGUGUGAGAUUGCCAGAUUCUACAAGCUGCACGAGAGGAGGUGUGAGCCCAUCGCUAUGACAGUGCCUAGAAAGUCGGACCUGUUCCAGGAGGACCUGUACCCACCUACCGCAGGGCCUGACCCAGCCCUCACCGCUGAGGAGUGGCUGGGGGGUCAGGAUGCGGGGCCCCUUCUCAUCUCCCUCAAGGAUGGCUAUGUGCCCCCAAAGAGCCGAGAGCUGCGGGUCAACCGGGGCCUGGACAGUACGCGCAAGAGGGCUACAGCGGAGGCCAGUGGCCCUCCCAGCUCGGAGACUAUGUCCCGGCUGGAGGAAGAAAUGAGGAAGCUGCAGGCCACAGUGCAGGACCUACAGAAGCGCUUGGACAGACUGGAGGAGACAGUCCAGGCCAAGUAGAGGACCCCCAGGCCUUUAGCUGGGGCCAGCUGCUCACUUCACUCACUCAGCAGGCCACCUUGGCAGAUAAGAUGAAAAUAAUAAAGUGACUUUAUUUUCUUGUA